AGCGGUCACAUGAUCUCAUGACGUCAUGCCCUCAAAGAAGCCAAUACAUUCUAGGCUUUACCUUACGUUAGACGUAGUCAUUUCCGAGUGGAUUGUAAACAAAAGGGACCUCGGCAGAAUUUACACUCUGUCAUGUCUGAGCUCCAUAUAUGCGUCCAGCUGGCGGAUCAGCCUCUCUCUCCUAAAUCCAUUGUCCACCUCCCGGUUCAUUCCACUGGUGAUGGGGAUUCUUCUUGUGGUCACCGAGUGUCCGUGGUCAAACAGCUGAUCACUGCCACGUUGCCAGAGUCACUACCAGACCCAGAGCUGAUAGACCUUGUCCACUGUGGUCGACGUCUCAGAGAUGAUCAGACCCUGGAAUUUUACGGAGUACAGUCAGGAAGCACUGUCCAUAUUCUGCGGAGAGCCUGGCCGGAGCCCCCACCUCGACCUGAACCUGUAGAUAAAAUUGCUGCUAGCCGUGAGUUCCGUGCUCUGCAUACAGCUCUGCAUACUAGUUCUACCUACCGUGAUGCAGUGUUCAAGCUUCUUGGCAGUCGAGAGUCCUUGGAGCAGAUCGUUGUGGCAACCCCUGGCCUUAGCUCUGAUCCCGUAGCCAUGGGAGUUCUGCAGGAUAAAGACCUGUUCACAGUCUUCACUGAUCCCAGCAUGCUGGACACGCUAGUGUCUUCCCACCCCGCCCUAGUAAAUGCUAUAAUACUAAUCCUGCAUUCAGUGACUGGAAGUUCUUCGCUCCCUCCAACAGAUGGCGCUGCUCACACAGUUCCUCCUGCAACCCUACAUAUGCCAGGUGGGUUCCUAUUUGAUGGACUGUCAGAUGAAGAGGAUGAGUAUCCACAGAGCUCUCGCUCAGGAUCCUCUAGUAACACAUCUGGUCCCCGUCCUGCUUCUCUUGGCUAUACUGGAGCUUCAGGUCCUCGUCCUAUCACUCAGAGUGAACUGGCUACGGCUCUGGCUCUUGCAAGUACCCCAGAGAGCAGCUCUCACACCCCAACACCUGGAACACAGGGUCAUUCUUCAGGAACAUCCCCCAUGUCCUCUAGCGUUCAGUCAGGAACACCCAUCACCAAUGACUUGUUCAGCCAAGCUUUGCAACAUGCACUACAAGCUUCCAGCCAAACAACACAACAGAAUCAGUGGCAGCCUCAGCUGCAACAGCUGCGAGAUAUGGGCAUCCGAGAUGAAGAACUCAGUCUGCGAGCGUUACAGGCCACAGGGGGAGAUAUCCAGGCUGCGCUGGAGCUCAUCUUUGCUGGGGGUGCUUUGUAAUUAAUUUUUUAAUUCUGUGAUAUCACGGCAACAUUGAUUAAUCUAAAUUCUUCAUCUUUUCAAAAUAGAUGGAAUUUACUUCAACCAUUCUCAGCGUGGUUUGUAGACCCAGAGGCGUAUUUAUUGCACCACUUUCCUGAAUACAGUAUUUUGCCGUAAUAUUCUUCUUUGCAUGUAUAUAUGAAUAUUGUGUUAUAUGACAUUUAUUAAACUUUUUUUUUCUCUGAAA